CCCGUGUGUUCUGUUUUGCUCUGUUGGCGUCCCUGUCUCUCAGUGGCGAGAUCUUGGAACUGAUAUAUUGUGUUCUCAAAGUAGAGAGAAACCCUAAUUUUUCGUGGUCCCUUGCGCUCAUAAGUCAUAGCCACGAAAUCGAUUGACAAAAACGACAGUAAGGGAGUAUCUGGUUUGUUAACUCCAUGGCAAAGUCAAACUUGGUGGUUGUGCGGGAGCCAUUUGUCAAGCUGGUGAAGCUUGUAGCAAGUGCUUUCUAUGAUAAUUAUACUCUGGAAAGUGAUAAACUACAGAAAUCUGCAAGAAGUGACAAUAGAGGGAUUGCCAUUGUGGUGCUGCAAACGCUUACGAGGCGGCAAUGGGUUAGAGAAGAAGACUUGGCAAAAGACUUGAAGUUGGCCCCCAAGCAACUUCGAAAAAUAUUAAGAAACUUUGAAGAACAAAAACUUAUCAUGCGAGUUGACAGGAAAGAGACUGCAAGGGGUACAAAGAAGAAUAGUGUUUCAGUGGCUGCUACAACUAGUGGCCGAGCAGAGGACAAAGUUAAGGUCCAGAUGCACUCGUAUUGGUGUCUCGACUAUUCACAGAUAUAUGAUGUUGUUCGUUAUAAACUGCACCUGAUGAAAAAAAAGUUCAAAGAUGAACUAGAAGAUAAGGAUACUGUUCAGGAGUAUGGCUGUCUCAAAUGCAAAAAGAAAUACAAUGCACUUGAUGCCCUGAGAUUAAUUUCUAUGGAAGACGAUUCUUUUCAUUGUGAAAAAUGCAAUGGUGAACUUGUUAUGGAAUGUAACAAGCUAACUUCAGAAGUAGUAGAUGGGGAUGACAAAACAAGGAGACAGCAGCGGGAACAUCUAAAAGCUCUGCUUCAAAACAUGGAGGCUCAGUUUAAACCUCUGACGGAUCAUAUAAACAGAAUAAAAGACCUACCGGUUCCUAGCUUUGAAUCUUUUCUGGCAUGGGAGGCUCGUGCAGCUAAGGCUGCUCGUGAAAAGGGUAAUCUUAACCGUGAUGACCCUUCGAUGUCACAGGGUGGGUAUGGUUCAACACCGAUGCCAUUUCUCGGAGAGACAGAGGUUGAGGUUAACCUCGGUGAAAGAGAAGAAGCUGUCAAGUCUGAAGAUAGAGAUCCUAGUGUGAAAGUCUUUCCAUCAUGGCUGAUCAAGAAAGGAAUGAAUCUGACUGAGGAACAAAGAGGAGUGAUGAGACAGGAAUCUAAGGUUGAUCAUGAAGGUGAAUCAGGAGAAGCAGCAGAACUUUCGGAUGACAAGAAACCAGCCAUGGGGAAUGGAGAUGAUGAUAAGGAUCCGAAGGAUGAGUAUGUUAAAGCUUUAUACGCUGCUAUAUUGGAGCAGCAAGAGCUUGCUGAAAAGCUGAAACAGCAAGAAUCUGCAGCCAAAUUAACCACUGACAUUGAACUGGCUACUAGUACAUCUUUUGAUCGUCAAGUUGGUAUGAAGUGUAAACGUGAAGAGGAAGAUGAUGAGGAAGAAGAUGUCGAAUGGAACGAAGUAGCUCCUGCUUCAGCAGAGGCUUUGGGUGCGGAAGAAGAAGACGAAGACGUAGAUUGGCAAGAAGGCUGAAAGAAAAAUGGAUUAACGAUAAAUCAUAGAAAUAGAAUAAUGACUUAGUAACUUUGUUUGUUGAAUAUCAUUAUCUACAUUUUACAUUCAAU